CUUUAGUGCGCCUGCGCAAUAGUUUCAGGGAGGAGGGUGAGUUCGCGGGGAGCUGCAGCAGUAGCUCGAGUUAUUUAACUGUCGCUGGGGAACGGAGAGCUCUUUGGUGAUUAGAGUUAGCCAGCUAGCAAGUGCGCUAGCUUUAUAUUCUCAUUGUAAGGGCACAGUAUAAACGGAAGUCAUAGAACAAUUGGCUUUACGAAAUCAGUGCAAGACAAGAACAAGAGUCUCACAGAUUUUGAAGCGUCAGAUCACACGUUUCGGAAAGCUUCAAUGUUUUCUGAAGAAAGGGGUCUGUUUGAAAGCUGGCACCAUGGGCUCCAGGUCGGUAGCGGACGUGCUGAAGUGAGCCGAGCCCUCCCCUCGCUAUAAACACCCUCACCCCACCGGGGGUGCGGCGCCCAAACCUAGCUCCCGACCGGCCCCGAGACCAGCCAUGGCAGGCUUCAAGCGCGGGUACGACGGCAAGAUCGCUGGGCUGUACGACCUGGACAAAACGCUGGGCCGCGGCCACUUCGCCGUGGUCAAGCUGGCCCGCCACGUCUUCACCGGGGAGAAGGUGGCGGUGAAGGUCAUCGACAAGACCAAGCUGGACGCCGUGGCGACGGGCCACCUGUUCCAGGAGGUGCGCUGCAUGAAGCUGGUGCAGCACCCCAACAUCGUGCGCCUCUACGAGGUCAUCGACACGCACACCAAGCUCUACCUGAUCCUGGAGCUGGGCGACGGCGGCGACAUGUUCGACUACAUCAUGAAGCACGAGGAGGGCCUGAGCGAGGAGCUGGCCAAGAAGUACUUCGCCCAGAUCGUCCACGCCAUCUCCUACUGCCACCGGCUCCACGUGGUCCACCGCGACCUCAAGCCCGAGAACGUGGUCUUCUUCGAGAAGCAGGGCCUGGUCAAGCUCACCGACUUCGGCUUCAGCAACAAGUUCCAGCCGGGCAAGAAGCUGACCACCAGCUGCGGCUCCCUGGCCUACUCCGCGCCGGAGAUCCUGCUGGGGGACGAGUACGACGCGCCGGCGGUCGAUAUCUGGAGUCUGGGGGUGAUCCUCUUCAUGCUGGUUUGUGGGCAGCCUCCUUUCCAGGAGGCCAAUGACAGCGAGACGCUGACCAUGAUCAUGGACUGCAAAUACACCGUGCCCACACACGUGUCUCUGGCCUGCAAAGACCUGAUAAACCGCAUGCUGCAGCGGGACCCCAAGCGCCGGGCCUCUCUGGAGGAGAUCGAGAACCACGCCUGGCUGCAGGGCGUGGACCCCUCCCCAGCCACCAAGUACAACACCCCGCUGGUCUCCCACAAGAACCUGUCGGAGGAGGAGCACAACGGGAUCAUCCAGCGCAUGGUGCUGGGGGACAUCGCCGACCGCGAGGCCAUCGUCGAGGCUCUGGAAACAAACAAGUACAACCACAUCACCGCGACGUACUUCCUGCUGGCUGAGAGGAUCCUGAGAGAGAAGCAGGAGAAGGAAGUUCAGAACCGCUCGUCCAGCCCCAGCAACAUCAAAGCCCAGUUCAGGCAGUCCUGGCCCACGAAGAUCGACAUGCACCAGGACAUCGAGGACAGCCUAGCGGGCCCGUCCAUGUCCCACGCGGGGGGCCCGCAGUCCCCCGCCCGCAGCACCGAAAACCUGCUCAACGGCCACCGCAGCAAGGGCCUGCUGGACCUGGGGAGGAGGGAGGAGCCCAGCGAGCCGUCACUCCUGUCCCUGACCCCGCAGGCCCCGCCCGUCGCCACCACCGCCACCCCCGCCAACCCGCUCAAGCCCGCCCCGCCCACCGCCGCCCCCCCGGCCGCCUCCGGCAAGCAGCGCACCUGCCUCUUCCGAGUGGAGGAGGACGAGGAGGAGGAAGAGGAGCAGGAGCCGUCGCCGCUGCCCGCGCAGGUGGUGCUCCGGCGCAAGCCGGCCAGCGUGACCAACCGGCUGACCUCGCGCAAGAGCGCCCCCGUGCUCAACCAGAUCUUCGAGGAGGAGGGCGAGUCGGACGACGACUUCGACAUGGACGAGGGCCUGCCGCCCAAGCUGAGCCGGCUGAAGAUGAACAUGGCGUCGCCGGGCACCGUGCACAAGCGCUUCCACCGGCGGAAGAGCCAGGGCCGCGGCUCCAGCUGCUCCAGCUCCGAGACCAGCGACGACGACUCGGAGAGCCACCGCCGCCGCCUGGACAAGGACACCGGCUUCGCCUACGGCUGGAACCGCAGGGACAGCAGCGAGGGCCCGCCCGGGAGCCCCGGGGGCGGGGGCGGGGGGGGCGGCCAGGGCAAGCCGCCCGGGGAGGGGGGAAACCCAGGCCCGGACAAGGGCAGCCCUCCCGGGAGUGGAGGGGGUGGGGGUGGAGGCGGGGGAGGGGGAGGGGGAGGUGGAGGAGGAGGCAAAGGACAAGGCAGCCCCUCCACCUGCUCCAGCGGGAGCGCCAACCACCCGGCGGGCUCCACCCGCAGCUCGGCCAAGACCGCCGGGGGUCUGGUGGAGAGCCUCAAACUCAUGAGCCUCUGCCUCAGCACCCAGUUCCACCAUCUGGCGGGCGGUGGGGGUGGGGGCGGGACUGGUGCCGGAGGCGGUGUGGGAGGGGGAGGAGGAGGGGGAGGGGGAGGAGGAGGAGGGCUGAGCAGGUUCAUCAUGGACCCCCAGUGCUUCUCCAGCAUCAGGGUGCAGGAGAGGUCCUCUUGGAGGAUGUGCAUCGGGGGCUCCACCGGGAGCCUGGACAAAGUCUCGCUCCUCACCUCCGCCGGGCUCGGAGGCCCCGCCCCCAAGUCCGGCCCCGACCAAUCGGCCUCCGCGCUUAACGAACUGGACCUGGCCCGAGCCAACAGCAUGAACCUGAAAAACAAGGUCCUGCAGCUACCUCUCAGUGACAAGACCAUCUCUGUGAACAUCCAGCGCAGCCCCAAGGAGGGGCUCCUCUGCCCCCCCAGCCAGGCCAGCUGCUGUCAGGUCAUAUGACCACAGGUCGCCUCCCUCCCCCACCCGCCCACCACAUCUGUAGCAUACUGUACUCUCAUUCAACAGCGCCAUCCUUCCAGUGGCUCUGGACGACCUCUGUACACACCGUUACCUAAGCCCACUGUACUGUUGUCUUAAUUCUCCCUGACUGAUGGGGACUUUCUUUUUGUUUGGUAGGUUUACAGUUCACAAAGAGGUGCAUGCUGCUAGUUUUUUUUUUUUCUAGUCUUUUAUUUAGGUUGAUUCAGGUUCAGGUUUUUUUUAACAGCACUUUUAUGGUACUACCUUUUCUUCUCUAAAUCACAUUUAAAGGGAUGAUUUGAGUUCGGCUGAAAGGUUGUUGAGCUUGUUGAAUAAUGAAAACUGAAAAAGGAAUGAGUAAGCAGUGCUUGUACUAGCAUCUGUUCAAGCACUUGCAACCGGGUGUAAACGCUUCUAACCGUUAUUUGUGGAAUGUAUUGGGCAGGAAGAGCAGUCGAUGACAGAGAAUCAAAGCAAUAAGAGUGACGUGACCGCAGGAAGGCCUGGGAUUGGACGACUCGCAUUCCGCCACAAGCAGAUGCACUGAUCUUGAUUUUAGCCCCUCGUUGUUCAGUCUUAAACUGGUAUGCAUAAGACUUAUGACCAAUUUAAAUAAGAGAAAAAAUACAAAUACUUAUAAAAACGAUUUUAAAGGAGAUGGUAUAUCGUCAUUUUAACCUGGUGGAUGAGACUGGAGUCUGAAAAGUGCUGUUAAUUAUAUAGCACACUGACAAUCUUUUUUUAAAGUCUUGAAAUUAAUUGAUUUUAAAAUACAAUCAGAGUUUGGAGUUCAAAAUUAUUUUUUAUCUUAACUGCCUGACACACAAACGUCUACCUGUUCUUAUUGUCGUUAUUUUACAGUAAGUUUCUAUUCGUUUUCAGUACACAAACAGAUGUGUGACAAGAUAAUCAAAUGAAAAUCAUGCUCGUAUUCCUAAAACAGGGUAUAUCUUCGGUGAUUUAACGUGGUAACGAUUCCUGAUUUUAAGCAGAUCUCACGUCUGCAGUAUUCAAGUUUAUCAGCCAUUCUUAAAUGAGAUUUCAUUUAUGACUUCACUGGAUGUGCCUCCUUUUUCUGUACUUUUGGCCUCCACUCUCGUCCUCUAGGGUAUCUGUACAUUUUAAAUCAGGAGGGGUGGGGUGGACAGAGGGUCCUGGGUGGUCUUCUUGAACUUCUGUUAUGACCAGACCAUGUCUGGGCGAUCAGAGAAAAACCAUCUCCAGGAUCCUCGAAACCUUAUUUACCAGCCAGAGAUGGACCUUUUAUAUCAUCAUCGAUCCACUGAUUUAACACACUGUCGCGUGUUAACUUACGGGUGAGGUUUAAGUUAUCUGUGGUGAACCAGACUAAAAGAUCAUGAAAGAAGAAACAAAUAAGGAAUAUAUUUUAAAGGGCAUUGGCAAUAAGCUAUGUGUUGCAGCUAUCUGUAAAUUAAUAAAUAUUUUGUUUUAUAUUUAAAACCUGUACAGCCUUGAACAUAAAAUUAUAACCCCCCGUUGUGUAUUUUAGUGUUUUUUUCCCUCCCGUCCUCAGCAGAAGGUCUGUAAAUAAAGUUGUAAAUAUGGUAAUAUUGUGCUCUACAUUUAGAGGAGCAGUGUUGACCCUUUGGUGCAUAGCUGUAAAAUAGCCAUAUUAGUUAUGAGUGUUUCAAAACAAAAAGUAUAUAUAAAAAAAGAAAAAAAAACCCAACCAUAAUACUGAUAAUGUGGGUCUCUUUGACUGUUGUCUUACCCUGAUGUAUCCAGGUUAUAUGGCUGUGCAUGUGUUGUACAUUUUACGUUAUCAGUGGAGGUACAGCAAGGGGGGAGAGAGCAACCACUACAUCUGAGCAAUGUUUAUCGGACCAAACCGUCACUCCACUUCAAAUAAAACUGCAACAACGCAAACCAAGAAGGUGAAUAAUACUACUCUGUACUGAAAAAUCUGUCUCCAAAAGUUGCGUCUAGCUAUGGUAAUGUCCAAAAUAAAAUGUUGUGGAUAAAAACUA